AUGCUCUGGUGGCGAAUGGCGAAUGUGGCGGGUGCAACGACAACGACAACGACACAUGCAGCGUCCAAACGUGUUAGCACUCCGGCAGCUGACGACAAGGCGCUUUGCCACGCGCUGUCGCAAAUCCAGGUAUGUAGCCACCGAGCCUCACUGGGCUCCAGCGACAAGGGCAUUGACGCGCCCUUUCUGGAGCGGCUCUCCCGCCUAGCAGCCAGCGGCAUCACCUGUUACGACGUCGACGUCGCCGCCACUGCCGACGGGCAGCUCGUAGUCGGCUACCCCAACCACAUCAUCACCGAGCUCCGGGCCGCAGGCCGAGGCGCUGCUGCUGCCGCCGCCGCGGCGGCGGCCGCGCAAGGCCAGCCAUUUCAGGUGGACUCCGUUUCCUGGAGCGAGUACGUGGCAGCGGGUCUGGAUCAGCGUCACCCGCUGCUGCAGGACGUGCUGAGGGUCUUUGCGGAGAUGGUGUCGGAAGACGCGAAGAAGAGGAAGAGGAAGCGGGAAGAGGAGGAACAGCAGGGGGCCGCGGCGAAGGAGGAGGGACCUGAGGGCGGAGCGGGCGCUGGAGUAGGAGGGCAGGGGGAUGGUGUGGGAGGAGGUGUUGCGGGAGAGACCGAGGCGGGAAAGCAGGGACAACAGCAGGAGGAGGGGAAGGAAGGCGGGAUGGAGGGCGCUUCGGGGCAGCAACAGCAGGAGCAACAGCUGCAGCAGGAGGGGAAGGAGGACAGGGCGCGUUCCAAGUCGGCGGAAGGGAAGCAGCAGCAGGAACAACAGCAGGAAUCAGGCCAGAGCCGGAGGCUGCUGGGACAUGUGGGUCUGUGGCUUCCGAGGCUGGAGCCCUUAUCGCUGUCCUCUUCCUCUUCAGUGGGACGGCAGGAGGGAUCAACAGCAGCAGCAGGAGGAGCAGCAACAGCAGCUGGCGAUCAAAGCUAUGUUGAGGUGGAGGCCGUGGGGAAGCACCUACAGCUGCUGGGCUCGGGGCUGCUGCGAGUACUGGGUCUUCCAGAUACCCGGCGCCUAGCCAACGGCACCCGGGUGGCAGUACAGCUGGAGCUGCAGGAUAACGAUGCCGAUGCGUACGACAUCUUUGGGCCGAGCAUCAAGCACCCGGAUGCCGCGCUGGCGGAGGUGGCGGCGGCAGCGACGAAGGCGACGGCUAGACGGCCCGUGGUGACGUGGGUGGUGGACUCGAAGGAGGACGCGACGCGGGCUGCGCACGCGGGUGUGGGCCGUAUCGUGUCAAACGACCCGCGGGUCAUGCAGAGCUGGCUGCGGUCCACAUCCCAUGCCUGUAGCGAAGGAGCGGGGAUUGUGGCCCUCCAAUCCAACCCUCCAACCAACUGGCUGCAGCAGCGGCAGGAUGAUGCCGCCCGGGGACGCAUGCCAUCAGGUGGUGUGUGGGACUUGGGCGAGAUUGACACCACGGGUGGCCAGGGGCCCGUGGUGUCGUGGAAGUGCAGGCGAUGUCAGAGCAGACAUAGCAUCGUUAGGUGCUGUGCGUGUGGGUCCUUUGCGAGGCCACAGCUGACAGAGGGUGGAGGGAAGUGCUACACGUGCGAGCAAUGUGACGACUAUGACUUUGGAUUCCAGUCAGCAGAGAUGGCACGUCUCUUAAGGGCAGAGCAGCUUGUCCAGGGUUGUGGUUCACAGUUUCGACAGAUGGCCAACUCGUUGCUGGAUAUUCAAGAGAGGCGCCUGUAUAGUUGCCUGGGAUUCGGGUCGUUCGUGCAGUAUGUGUCUGAAUCGGGUAGAAUUGAUAUUGCACCGAGAUAUGCACAGGCUUUGGUAGCGGCUGCUCGUUUUUUGCGGUUGCUUUCUGCCACAGACGUUGUGCCUAACAGUGGGCGCCAGCCGAGUCACGACUCCUGGGUGGGCGGCUCGUUGAGCAAUGUGCAUUGGAGGUCACAGGCAGGAGCCGUUUGCUGCGGGGUACUGGCAGUGACAACAGCAGCAGCGACAUGGAUGUCAGCGAUAGCGAGUCUGGUGAGGGAGUCCAUAUGGUUCGAAGUGGAGGGGGUGGGAAUGUGCGCCUGUUUCUCUCCAGUGAGAGUCCGGAGUGGUUCACCCCACUGAGUAUCAUAGAGCUGGUGCACGAGGUGUUCACUCCUGGCGGGAUCAACCUGGACUCAUGCUCGUCCGCGGCUGCUAACACACGUGUUGGGGCGACAGCGUAUUAUGAUAUGGAAUCCGAUGGUCUGUUGGAGUGCAACGCGUGGAUGGGCAAUGUGUUUGUCAACCCGCCUUUUGGGGUGCACGGUGGUGCAAGCUAUCAGAGCCUGUUUUUCCAGAGAUGCGCAACGGAGUACAUGGCUGGUCGCAUUCACCAAGCAGUACUGCUGCUGAAAGCCGCUGUGGGUUAUGCGUGGUUUGAUGCCAUACUGCAGUGGCCUGUCUGUUUUCUGCGCCAACGUUUGGCGUUUGUGCGUAGGCAAUCUGGGAGUCAACAGCAGGAGGGAGGACCCCUGACAUGGGGAGUGCGGGUAGCCAAUCCACAUGGAAGUGUCGUGGUUUACAUGGGCCCAGACGUGCAACGUUUUGUGUCAGUGUUUGGUUGCAUGGGCGGAAUACCCGGGGCGACUUCAUGGGCCACGCCCCGCCCAACGGAGAGCUCGAUGGAUUAAGGCAUAGAUUGCAUAUGGCGAACAUAUUCUUCUUGGCAGACAUCUGCAUUUUCAUUUGUUUUCAAUGUAGCUCGUGGUACUGAGUUUAGCGGUGUAUCAGAGAUUUGUCAUUGUUUCCACCCGAACCUAUUCAUGCAUAGGAGUGUUGUGGGAUAAACUGGACGAACGGCCGAUGAAGUGUGGUGGGAAAACCAGUGGGACCUCGGCGGCUGACUGACUGGGUAAUGCAGUCGUGGCCCUGAGUG